CCCGCAGUCGCCAGGGUGAUUGUGGCGGUGAGGGUUGUUGUUGAUCGACGUCUGAGCGCCAGCGUCUCAGCACAGCACGCAAGAUGCCCGAGGAAACGCCAACCGUCGCCCAGGAUAUGGCCAUGGAGGAGGAUACGGAGACCUUCGCCUUCCAGGCGGAGAUCGCCCAGUUGAUGUCCCUAAUCAUCAACACGUUUUAUUCCAACAAGGAAGUUUUUCUGAGGGAGCUAAUUUCCAACUCGUCUGAUGCCCUUGAUAAAAUUCGCUAUGAAAGUUUGACUGAUCCAAGCAAGCUGGAUUCUGGUAAAGAACUGAAAAUUGACAUUAUACCAAAUCUAAAAGAGCACACUUUGACCAUUCAAGAUACUGGCAUUGGGAUGACUAAAGCUGACCUCAUCAACAACCUGGGCACAAUUGCUAAGUCUGGAACAAAAGCCUUCAUGGAGGCUUUGCAGGCUGGUGCAGACAUCUCCAUGAUUGGCCAGUUCGGCGUUGGUUUUUAUUCUGCUUAUCUUGUAGCAGAUAAAGUGACAGUCAUCACCAAACACAACGACGAUGAUCAAUAUGUGUGGGAAUCAUCUGGUGGAGGAUCGUUCACUGUUUGUCAAGAUCAUGAUGAGAUUGGUCGUGGUACUAAGAUAAUAUUGCAUUUGAAGGAAGAUCAAACUGAAUAUGUUGAAGAAAAGCGGGUCAAAGAGAUUGUGAAGAAGCAUUCGCAGUUCAUUGGCUAUCCCAUUACCUUAUUUGUGGAGAAAGAACGUGAUAAAGAGAUCAGCGAUGAUGAAGGAGAAGAAAAGGAAGAGAAGAAAGAGGACGAUGCUACAGAAGAAGACAAACCAAAAAUUGAGGAUGUUGGUUCAGAUGAAGAAGAAGAUGAAAAGAAAGAAAGUGACAAGAAGAAAAAGAAAAUCAAGGAGAAAUACAUUGAUCAAGAGGAACUGAACAAAACAAAACCAAUUUGGACAAGGAAUCCUGAAGAUAUCACAAAUGACGAGUAUGGUGAAUUCUACAAGAGUCUAACAAAUGACUGGGAGGAACAUUUGGCAGUAAAACAUUUUUCUGUUGAAGGUCAGUUGGAGUUUAGAGCAUUACUCUUUGCACCAAGGCGAGCACCGUUUGACUUAUUUGAAAACAGGAAGAAGAAAAAUAAUAUAAAGUUGUAUGUACGUAGAGUCUUCAUUAUGGAUAAUUGCGAGGAACUUAUUCCAGAAUAUCUGAAUUUUAUGAAGGGUGUUGUGGACUCUGAGGAUCUGCCUCUUAACAUUUCCCGUGAGAUGUUGCAGCAGAGCAAGAUUCUCAAGGUUAUUCGUAAGAAUCUGGUGAAGAAAUGUCUGGAACUUUUCAUAGAACUAUCGGAGGACAAAGAAAACUACAAGAAAUUGUAUGAGCAAUUUUCAAAAAACUUAAAGCUUGGAAUCCAUGAGGAUUCUCAGAACCGCAAGAAGCUUUCUGAAUUGCUUCGAUACCACACUUCAGUGAGUGGGGAUGAAAUGGUAUCUCUCAAAGAUUAUGUCUCCCGUAUGAAAGACAGCCAGAAACAUAUUUAUUACAUAACUGGAGAAACAAACGACCAAGUAGCCAAUUCUGCUUUUGUGGAACGGUUAAGAAAACAUGGAUUGGAGGUGAUCUACAUGACUGAGCCAAUUGAUGAAUACUGUGUGCAACAGCUGAAAGAAUUUGAUGGGAAGACUUUGGUGUCUGUAACAAAGGAGGGUUUGGAACUUCCAGAAGACGAAGAAGAGAAAAAGAAGCAGGAAGAAAAGAGAGCUCAUUUUGAGAAUCUGUGCAAGAUUAUGAAAGACAUACUGGAGAAGAAAAUUGAGAAAGUAACAGUUUCCAAUCGCUUAGUUGCAUCGCCAUGUUGUAUUGUAACCAGUACUUAUGGAUGGACUGCCAACAUGGAAAGAAUCAUGAAGGCACAGGCACUUCGAGAUAACUCUACAAUGGGUUAUAUGGCAGCUAAGAAGCACUUGGAGAUCAACCCUGAUCAUCCAAUUAUUGAAACACUGAGGCAGAAAGCAGAAGCUGACAAAAAUAACAAGUCAGUAAAGGAUCUAGUCAUUCUUCUUUUUGAGACUGCACUUCUCUCUUCUGGCUUUUCAUUGGAAGAUCCACAAACUCAUGCAAAUCGUAUCUACAGGAUGAUCAAACUGGGUCUUGGUAUUGAUGAAGAAGAUCCUGUCAUUGAGGAUACAGGCCCAACAAACACAGAAGAAAUGCCACCAUUAGAAGGUGAUGAUGAUGACACAUCACGAAUGGAAGAAGUUGACUGAACAAACAAAGCUAACAUACUUAGGUUCUGAAGGGCUGUUGCAGUCACGUUUAAACAAAAGUAGUAAACACAGCUGUAAUUAUUGCAUAAAGCAUGGAUCACAAGGCGUUUUGUAAACUGUUCAGUAGAUAUCAGUAAAACUAAGUUAGCGACUUGAGCAUAUGUUGUGAAAUAAAAAUUUUAAUCUCA